GAAUUGUUAAACUGAAACCUGGUUGCUAAGUCCUCCUCUGUUGUCUAAGCGCCGCAUGCUCUUUUUGUUUAGGGCUGCCAGAGUGAGUCCCUACGCCAACGUCGCCAACUCGUGCGGCGGGAAUCCUUACACCACCGUUAUCCAGGCUGAAGUCCUUUUCGCCCAAUUUGCACCCAGCCCACCAGGAAUCUUGCCUGAAUAGAGAGCGAUACCCAUAGCUAUGGCUGCUGCUUGCGAAAUUACAGCAGCAGAGUUCUUGCAAGGUGCCUAUAGGCAGAAACUAGUUUUGCCUAGACGUUCUUUAAGGCAGACAAACCGGUUGCUCUGGGGUACGUUGCCAAGAAAAAGUCCAUCAGUGAGAAUUUCUCGUGGAGAAAUUGGAUUAAGGCCAGUCAAGGUCAGAGCAGUGGUGUCGAGAGAUAUAGGCAGUCCAGUAAGCCAGGAGUCGAAGUUGGUAGGGAGGGUUGCUGAAAAAGUUGUCCAUUUUUAUCGCAUUCCAUUGAUUCAGGAAAGUGCAACAGCCGAGCUUCUGAAACUCGUACAGACCAAAGUCUCAAACCAAAUAAUUGGUUUAAAGACUGAGCAGUGUUUCAAUAUUGGGGUCGAUGGAGAUAUUCCCAGUGAGAAGCUUUCAGUACUUAGGUGGCUUUUAGGGGAGACCUAUGAGCCUGAUAAUCUGGGGACUGUAAGUUUUCUCACUGAAGAGGUAAAAGAGUACUCAAAAGCUGUUAUAGUAGAAGUUGGCCCCCGAUUGUCUUUUAGCACUGCAUGGUCUGCCAAUGCUGUCUCAAUUUGCAGAUCCUGUGGUUUGACUGAAAUAAAUAGAUUGGAGCGAUCGAGAAGGUACAUGUUGUACGUCGUCCCUGGAAGUGCAUCAUUAUCUGACAGUCAAAUUGCUGAGUUUGCUGCAUUGGUGCAUGAUAGGAUGACUGAGUGUAUUUAUAAUCAGAAGCUCACAUCUUUUGAAACGAAUGUAGUCCCUGAGGAAGUCCGUUAUAUACCAGUCAUGGAGAAGGGUCGAAAGGCGUUGGAGGAAAUAAAUGAGGAAAUGGGUUUGGCCUUUGAUGAGCAAGAUUUGAAGUAUUACACAAAGCUUUUCGUGGAUGAUAUCCAGCGCAAUCCAACAAAUGUUGAAUUAUUUGAUAUUGCCCAGUCUAACAGUGAACAUAGUCGGCAUUGGUUUUUUACUGGUAAGAUUGUCAUUGAUGGUCAGCCAGUAAAUAGGACUCUCAUGCAAAUUGUUAAAAGCACUUUGCAAGCAAACCCAAAUAAUUCGGUUAUUGGCUUCAAGGAUAACUCCAGUGCGAUCAAGGGGUUUCUUGUGAAUCAAUUGCGACCAAUCCAGCCAGGUUUAACAUGCCCAUUAGACAUGAGUGCUCGUGACCUCGAUAUCCUGUUUACUGCUGAGACCCACAACUUUCCAUGUGCUGUUGCCCCAUACCCUGGGGCUGAGACAGGUGCUGGGGGCAGGAUUAGAGAUACACAUGCAACUGGUAGGGGCUCAUUUGUUGUAGCAUCAACAGCUGGGUACUGUGUAGGAAAUCUGAAUGUUGAAGGUUCAUAUGCUCCAUGGGAGGAUUCGACUUUCACAUAUCCUGCAAACUUGGCUUCUCCCCUUCAGAUUCUUAUUGAUGCUAGCAAUGGUGCAUCAGAUUAUGGCAACAAAUUUGGGGAGCCAUUAAUUCAGGGUUACACAAGGACUUUCGGGAUGAGGCUUCCAAGUGGUGAAAGGAGAGAAUGGUUGAAGCCAAUCAUGUUUAGUGGCGGUAUUGGCCAAAUUGAUCACAACCACAUAGUGAAGGGAGAGCCUGAAAUUGGGAUGCUAGUUGUAAAGAUUGGAGGUCCAGCAUAUCGCAUUGGAAUGGGGGGUGGUGCUGCGUCCAGCAUGGUUAGUGGCCAAAAUGAUGCUGAGCUGGAUUUCAAUGCUGUACAACGUGGAGAUGCAGAGAUGGCACAAAAGUUGUAUCGAGUUGUCCGUGCUUGUGUUGAAAUGGGGGAGAAAAAUCCCAUCAUUAGUAUUCACGAUCAGGGUGCUGGUGGGAACUGUAAUGUUGUCAAGGAAAUAAUAUAUCCAAAAGGUGCUACUAUUGAUAUCAGGGCAGUUGUAGUUGGUGAUUACACAAUGUCAAUUUUGGAAAUAUGGGGAGCAGAAUACCAAGAGCAAGAUGCUAUUUUGGUGAAGCCUGAAAGCCGUGAGGUUUUGCAGUCUAUAUGUGAAAGAGAGAGAGUCUCCAUGGCUGUUAUUGGUAAAAUUAGUGGUGAAGGGCGAAUUGUUCUUGUGGAUAGUUUAGCUAUUGAAAGAUGCAAUUCAAAUGGACUGCCUCCACCACCACCUGCCGUUGAUCUUGAGCUCGAGAAGGUGCUUGGAGACAUGCCUCAGAAAACUUUUGAAUUCCAGCGAAUAAUUAAUGCCAGGGAACCACUUGAUAUUGCUCCUGGGAUAACUGUCAUGGAUUCCCUGAAAAGGGUAUUGAGACUUCCUUCUGUUGCUUCUAAACGAUUUUUGACUACCAAAGUUGAUAGGUGUGUAACAGGUCUUGUGGCACAGCAGCAAACUGUGGGUCCUCUGCAAAUUACACUUUCUGAUGUUGCUGUUAUUGCUCAAAGUUAUACUGAUAUUACAGGAGGUGCAUGCUCAAUUGGGGAGCAGCCGAUAAAAGGACUUUUGGAUCCAAAAGCUAUGGCAAGGCUAGCUGUAGGAGAAGCACUGACUAAUCUUGUGUGGGCUAGGAUCACUUCUCUUUCUGAUGUCAAGGCCAGUGGCAAUUGGAUGUAUGCUGCGAAACUGGAUGGUGAAGGAGCGGCCAUGUAUGAUGCUGCAAUAGCUCUUUCAGAAGCUAUGAUUGAACUCGGUAUUGCUAUUGAUGGGGGAAAGGAUAGUCUUUCCAUGGCCGCCCAUGCAUCUGGAGAAGUUGUCAAGGCUCCGGGAAAUCUAGUAAUCAGUACCUAUGUCACUUGUCCUGAUAUAACUAAAACUGUGACCCCAGAUUUAAAACUUGGUGAUGAUGGUCUUCUCCUUCACAUUGAUUUGGCCAAAGGGAAGCGACGCCUUGGUGGAUCUGCUCUUGCUCAGGUAUUUGAUCAAGUUGGGGACGAGUGCCCUGAUCUUGAUGACGUCUCUUACCUUAAAAGAGUUUUUAAUGCAGUCCAAAAUCUGAUUGAGGAAGAGCUGAUUUCAGCUGGCCAUGAUAUCAGCGAUGGAGGCUUGCUAGUAAGUGUGCUUGAGAUGGCAUUUGCAGGGAACUGUGGCAUCAACUUGAAUAUAACAUCACCCUCGGGUUUUAGUGUUUUCCAGACACUCUUUGCUGAGGAAUUGGGACUUAUCCUUGAGGUAAGAAAGAAGAAUCUAGAUCUGGUGAAGGAAAAGCUUUUGAAUGUUGGAGUAUCUACUGAGGUCAUCGGUGAAGUUACUGCCUCACCUGGUGUUGAACUGAAGAUUGAUGGUAUCACUCACUUGACCGAGGAAACAUCUGUUCUCAGGGAUCUGUGGGAAGAAACCAGCUUCCAGCUGGAAAAAUUCCAAAGGCUAGCGUCUUGUGUGGAACUAGAGAGAAAAGGUCUAAGAAAUCGCCACGAGCCUUCUUGGGUGCUAUCUUUCACUCCAACAUAUACGGACGAGAAAUAUAUGACUGCAACUUCGAAACCAAAGGUUGCAAUCAUUCGCGAGGAAGGCAGCAACGGUGACAGAGAAAUGUCUGGUGCAUUCUAUGCUGCAGGUUUUGAACCUUGGGAUAUCACUAUGUCCGACCUUCUUAAUGGAGCAAUCUCGUUGCAUGAGUUCCGGGGUAUUGCUUUUGUUGGAGGAUUCAGCUAUGCAGAUGUGCUCGACUCUGCAAAAGGCUGGGCAGCUUCAAUAAGGUUCAAUAAGCCUCUCCUAAAACAAUUUCAAGAAUUUUAUGAGCGGCCAGACACUUUCAGUUUAGGGGUUUGCAAUGGCUGCCAGCUUAUGGCUCUUUUGGGGUGGGUUCCGGGCCCUAAUGUUGGAGGUGUGCUCGGGGACAACGGGGAUCCAUCACAGCCAAGGUUCAUACAUAAUGAAUCUGGACGAUUUGAGUGUCGCUUCACAAGUGUGAAAAUAGAAAAGUCACCAGCUCUAAUGUUCAAAGGAAUGGAGGGUAGUACGUUGGGUGUGUGGGCUGCACAUGGCGAGGGAAGAGCAUAUUUUCCUGAUGAUCAUGUUUUGAAUACUAUUCUGAAGUCAGAUUUGGCGCCCGUGAAAUAUUGUGACGAUAAUGGAAAUCCUACAGAAGUCUAUCCUUUCAAUCUUAAUGGUUCUCCAUUGGGUGUUGCAGCCAUAUGCUCUCCAGAUGGGAGGCAUCUUGCAAUGAUGCCUCAUCCAGAGAGAUGCUUCUUGAUGUGGCAGUACCCUUGGUAUCCCAAGAACUGGAAUGUCGAGAAGAAAGGCCCAAGCCCCUGGUUACGAAUGUUCCAAAAUGCUAGGGAGUGGUGUUCAUGAGGAAUUGAAGGCGUGACACAUCCCAACAACUUAAAGGGGACUACUUUUUAUAGGGAUAAGAGUAAUAAUGUGGUGAGACAAGAUUGAAGUUGAUUCAGUGAAAAAUGUGUACUGGUAUGAGUAUUUUCGAAGCAUUAGCUAACGAGGUUUGAGGCAAAGCCAUAAGAGCCGACUAGGGCAUUUCCGGAGAGUGUAGCAUGUAAUAAACUCUUGAGAGAACAUUUUUAUCUUCCAUCAAUUAUUGUGGUGUUGAUUUGUUGUCUUAAUGAAAGUAGUAGUUUCCUUCCAAAAGAAA